AUGGAGGGUGAAGUUGCCAAAGUGUGUCCUGAAUCUUAUGCCAUGAAAGGAGGAGAGGGUCCUCAUAGCUGUGCUCAAAACUCAGCCAGUCAGAGGUCAUCAAUUGAAGCAGCCAAGAACUUUCUUCAAAGUGCGAUUGCUAGCAAGUUUGAUUUAAGAACCAUUUGUGCUUCCUCUACAAACCCAAUUUGCAUAGCUGAUUUAGGUUGCUCCACUGGGCCGAACACCUUCAUUGCUGUUCAAAACGUAAUAGAAGCAAUACAGAUCCAAUGCCCAUCUCAGCAAAAUCAUAAUCAAGCCACCCCAGAAAUCCUAGUCUUCUUCAAUGAUCAAGUGUCUAAUGAUUUCAACACUCUCUUCCAGAAGCUUCCUCCAAACAGAAACUACUUUGCUGUUGGACUUCCUGGCUCUUUCUAUGGACGUUUAUUCCCAAGGCAAAGCCUGCAUGUAGUUCAUUCUUCUGCAGCACUUUCAUGGCUUUCUGAGCUGCCCAAAGAGCUUACUGAUACAAGUUCUGGUGCUUGCAACAAGGGGAAGAUUUUCUAUACUAAUGCUCCAAAGGAAGUUUUUGAUGCUUAUGAGAGACGAUUUAAGAUGGAUUUGGAGGCAUUUCUGCAAGCCAGAGCUCAAGAGCUUGUGGACAAUGGCAUAUUGGCUUGCUUGAUACUUGUUGCUGAUGAUUUGAUUGACUUUAGCGUAGACAUGUAUGCUGGGAAAGAUUAUGAGCUUCUGGGAAGCUGCCUAAUGGACAUGGCCAAAUUGGGACUGAUAAGUGAAGAAAAAGUGGACACUUUCAACAUCCCAACAUUUUUCCCACAUGUGAAGGAUUUGAUGAAAAUAUUUGAAGCUAAUAAAGAUUUCAGCAUCGAGCAAUCAGAAUUAAUAGAUAACAAAGGCUUUCUUGCACCAAACAUUGAGUCUCAUGUUUCGCGAUUACGAGCUGUGCUUGAAGUACUGAUUGAGAAGCACUUUGGAGAUGGAAUCGUUGAUGAACUUUUUGAUCGUUUCACUGAGAAAGUUAGGGCAUACCCAGAAGUCUUGGACGCUCUCAAGUUUAAAUUCCAUGUGCUUUUUGUUGUUCUUAAGCGCAAGGUCGUAAUAAAAGCAUAA